GUGGAACUUGCAAAAGAAGAGAAGUGUGAAUUUCUGCCUUUCCUUUCCCCUCGGAAAGUUGUACUUAGAGGUGGACAAAUUGUUGCUAUGGAGUUUGUUCGAACCGAACAAGACAAUGAUGGAAACUGGAAAGAAGAUGAGGAUCAGGUUGUCCGUCUGAAAGCUGAUGUGGUGAUCAGUGCCUUUGGCUCCAUUUUAAGUGACACUAAAGUCAGAGAGGCCAUGGCACCUAUCAAGUUUAACAGAUGGGGUCUCCCUGAAGUAGAUCCGGAAACUAUGCAAACAAGUGAACCCUGGGUUUUUGCAGGGGGUGACCUUGGUGGUCUUGCUAACACUACGGUGGAAUCGGUAAAUGAUGGAAAACAAGCUUCCUGGUACAUGCACAGAUACAUACAGUCCUUACAUGGUGUUGCAGUUUCUACUGUUCCAGAACUACCACUCUUCUAUACUCCCAUCGAUUUAGUAGACAUCAGUGUAGAAAUGGCUGGACUGAAGUUUCCAAAUCCUUUUGGCCUUGCCAGUGCAACCCCUACUACUAGUUCUUCAAUGAUUCGAAGAGCUUUUGAAGCUGGAUGGGGCUUUGCUGUCACUAAAACGUUCUCCCUGGAUAAGGAUAUCAUAACCAAUGUUUCUCCGAGGAUUGUGCGUGGAAUUACUUCAGGUCCUAUGUACGGCCCAGGCCAAGGCUCUUUUCUGAACAUCGAAUUGAUCAGCGAGAAAACAGCAGCCUACUGGUGUAAAAGUAUUGCUGAGCUGAAGGCUGACUUUCCACACCAC